AAUAAAUUUAAAUAAUGGACCAAGAUUUAUUGAGACCCUAAUACGAGAGUGAAAAGAGAAAGCACAAAUUAAAGAGAUUGAUUUAAGCACCUAAUUCAUAUUUCAUGGAUGUCAAAUGCCCAUAGUGUUCAACCAAUAACACUGUAUUUUCCCAUGCUAGAGGCAUUGUCACUUGCAUGUAAAGAAAGUCAAUAAUAUGUUAGCAAAUGCUCAAGUCAAUUAGGCAGAUCAACAGGAGGAAAAUUGCAACUUGUUCUUGGAGCAAAAUACAAAACAAAAAAAUGAUAGUAUAUUUGACAGUAUAAUAAAUAAACAUGGCCCAUAUUUCAAUAUUCACACU